AUGAAGGGUAUCUUGAAACUGAGCGGCGCGCUUGCGCUGUCUUGCUUGGCCGUCGAGACGGCGGCGAGGGCGCUUGCUUUGCAGCCUGAUCAGUGGAUUGCGCCGUACAAGCGCGAAGUGCUGCAGGAUAUUGUGACCUGGGACGAGCACUCGAUCUUUGUGCACGGCCAACGUAUUUUCCUGUACUCUGGCGAAGUCCAUCCUUUCCGUCUACCGGUGCCGAGUUUGUACCUUGAUAUUUUUCAGAAGAUCAAGGCCCUCGGCUACAACGGUGUCUCCUUUUACGUCGACUGGGCUUUGCUCGAGGGUAAGCCCGGCGAGUACCGUGAGGAGGGCGUCUUCGACCUUCAACCCUUCUUCGAUGCCGCUAACGAGGCUGGCAUCUACCUCAUCGCCCGCCCCGGCCCGUACAUCAACGCUGAAGCGAGCGGUGGAGGCUUUCCAGGCUGGAUCCAGAGAGUCAACGGCACUCUGAGAACGAGAGCUCCGGACUUCCUCGCAGCAACAGACAACUACAUGAAAAACGUCGGCAAGAAAAUCGCUUCCGGUCAGAUCACUAACGGUGGACCGAUCAUUCUGGUGCAGCCUGAGAACGAGUACACGCAGGCCACUUCGGCGAUCAAGCCGUUCCCGGAUCCCGACUACUUUCAGUACGUCGAGGAUCAGCUCCGCGAUGCCGGCAUUGUCGUGCCCCUGAUCAGCAACGACGCCAGCCCCAAAGGACACAACGCACCCAUCGCGUCUGCACCUGGCUACCCUGCUGUUGUAGACAUCUACGGUCACGACGGAUACCCGCUCGGCUUUGAUUGCGCCAACCCGACGGUGUGGCCCAACGGUGCGCUGCCCACCAACUGGCACGAUCUUCACCUCAAGCAGAGCCCCAACACGCCAUACUCCAUUGUCGAGUUCCAGGGCGGUAGUUUUGAUCCAUGGGGCGGUCCCGGGUUUGACAAGUGUGGUGUUCUGGUCAACGCCGAGUUUGAACGCGUCUUCUACAAAAACCUGUACAGCUUCGGCGUCACAAUCCUAAACUUGUACAUGACGUACGGCGGCACCAACUGGGGCAACUUGGGUCAUCCAGGCGGCUACACAUCAUACGAUUACUCCAGCCAGAUCGGCGAAGACCGACGCGUGGAUCGCGAGAAGUACUCUGAGCAGAAGCUCCAGGCCAACUUCUUCAAGGUCACCCCGGCAUACUUGACUGCUUCUCGAGGAAACGCCUCCACUACUGCCUGGACCAACACGCAGGCGCUGACCGUUACGCCUGCCACCAGCAACACUACCAGCUUUUACUUUGUCCGCCACUCAACGUACAACACUUUGGACUCGACCUCGUACAAGCUCAACAUCCCCACUUCGGCCUUUGGCAACAUCACUGUUCCACAGGUGAACGGAACUGCCCUCACUCUCAACGGACGUGACUCCAAGGUCCACGUCAGCAACUAUGAUCUUGGUGGCUCCACAGUUGUAUACUCGACCGCCGAGAUUUUCACAUGGCACAAGUACGACGACAAGACAGUGCUCGUAGUUUACGGUGGCCCUGGCGAGACCCACGAGCUGGCUCUUGCUGCGACUGGUCUGGAGAUUCUCGAGGGCGAUGUCAAGAGCAUCGCCACCCGCGGCCACACCGUUCUGAACUUCAACGUCGACGGCGGCAGGAAGGUCGCCAAGGUCGGCGCGGAGAGCAACUUCAUCCACGUCUACAUGGUCAGCCGGAACGAAGCAUACAACUACUGGGCAGUCGAUCAGGCGCCUCACGACAACUCCGAGGCAAUCAUCCUCAAGGCUGGCUACCUUACCCGCACAGCCAAGGUCAGUGGUGACACACUGGCUGUCACUGGAGAUCUCAACGCCACGACACCGAUUGAGGUCAUUGGUGCUCCUUCAUCAGUUAAGAAGCUCACCUUUAACGGCAAGGAUGUGGACGUCACAGCCUCGAAUGCAGGCGCUCUCGGCGGCACCAUUGAGCUGCCCAAGGCCGACAUCAAGGUCCCGAAACUCAACGAGCUCGAAUGGAAGUACAUCGACACCCUGCCCGAGCUCCAGGCCGACUACGACGACAGUAAGUGGAAGGUCGCAGACCUCAACAAGACCUACAACUCAUUGAGACCCCUCACAACACCCGUCUCCCUGUACAGCUCCGACUACGGCUUCCACACCGGCACGCUGCUGUACCGCGGCACAUUCACCGCGACCGGCAACGAGACCACCUUUUACGCCUGGACUCAGGGCGGCUCAGCCUUUGGCUCCUCCAUCUGGCUGGGCUCGCAAUUCCUCGGCUCGUGGCGCGGCUACGACGCCGCCACAAACGGCAACGCGACCGUGACGCUCCCCACCCUCACCGCCGGCAAAACAUACACCAUCACCAUCGCAGUCGACAACCAGGGCCUCGACGAGAACUGGACCAUCGGCACCGAAACAGGCAAGAAUCCCCGCGGCAUCCUGAACUACCAGCUCGCGGGCCGCGCGCAGUCGGACGUGAGCUGGAAGCUGACGGGCAACCUGGGCGGCGAGGACUACGUCGACAUGUCGCGCGGGCCGCUCAACGAAGGCGGCCUGUUCGCGGAGCGCAACGGCCUGCACCAGCCCGGCGCCCUGUCCGCAGCCGCGGGCUGGAAACCCAGCAAGGGGCCCGUCACGGACGGCAUCGCGGCGCCGGGCAUCGGCUUCUUCGCGACCGAGUUCGCGCUCGACCUGCCCGCGGGCUGGGACAUCCCGAUCAGUUUCACGUUCGCCAACGGCACGAGCGAGGGUGCCACGGGCGCUGGCUCGGGCGUGCGCGCGUACAGAGUGCAGUUGUACGUCAACGGGUGGCAGUAUGGAAAGUUUGUCAGCAACGUGGGGCCGCAAACAAGCUUCCCUGUGCCCGAGGGCAUUCUGGACUACCGUGGCACGAACUACCUUGCGGUUUCGCUGUGGGGGCUGGAUGCGGGCGCGACGCGCAUCGAGGGCUUGGAGCUUGCUGUUGAUGCCAAGGUUUGGGGCGGGCUGGAGGUGGAUGUUGUGCAGGGCCAGAAGUAUGAGGCUAGAGAGGGUGCGUACUGA